CCCCAAGGGGAAAUUCAAGGUCCCAGUAGCUUAGGACAUCACACACAACAACAUAAACAGGAUGAUUUUUAAAAAAAAAAAUCCACAUGACUAAAAUGAACAGUAAAAAAUACUAAAGAUAGCCUACUAAAACAAGGAUCCACUUUCUGUAGGAUGUAUGAGGCGCUUGCAGUGACAGGGCAGGGAUUGACCCUGUGAUUCAGUAUGCAGUGGUAAGGUGCUCAAUGAGGUGUGUGUCAUGGUGGUAGUGCAAAUAAGUCCAACAGUGCUACAGUGCAUGGUUUAAAGUCUAGCAUAGUCCAGCAUUAAAUGGACAAUAUAAGAGAAAAAUGUAAGCAUAACAGUUGUAGUAUAAUUAUAUGGACAAUAUAGAGAAAAAUGUAAACAUAGCCUAAUAUAAGAAUUAUAGCUGCAGUGUAAGGAAGUUUAAAGUAGCCUACUAGGGUAUCUAGCCAUUGGUAUGAUGUUAGCGUUCAUUCAAACAGCUCAAAUGACCAAUGAAAUGUGUCAAAAUGCAAAACUUUCCUGUUGACCAGCAGAGGUCAUACGUUCACUCCAUUUCUGUACAUUUGCACUUUCUGUCCAAGCAAAUGUUUCAGAUCAUCUAACCAAUUUCCUAUAAAAGGUGGGACUGUCUAAUAGAUUAAACCAUAGCAAUCUUACAGCCUAUCUUUUGGGACAACCUACUAAAGAAGUUAGCUAUGCCUCAGAUACUGCAGUAGGCCCAUGGGAACACUAAGAAGGAUAUUGCAGCGGUAUUACAGAAUGUCAUAGAAAUAUUAUACAAGUUUACUAUAAACAUCUGGCUACAGGCCCCUAUAAAAAAGGAAUGGCUGAUUAAUGAGAAACAUAAAUAAUCAGCUUUAACUGAUGCACAGGCUACAUGUGUAGGCCUAUGAUCCAGAUUUGGAUGAUCUUUAUUAUUUAUUCCUUAAUGUGAUCAAUGCUCAACUUGUGCAUUCAUGUCACAUUGGGGUCUUAUUGACGUGUGGAUUAUCCUCAGUGUCCAAUUUCCAUUCCAAUUUCCCUUUUUAUUUUUUUCCCCUGAAUGAUCUAUAUAUAUUUACAGACAAACAUUGACAGGAUCUGUCACUACCUUCUUAAUAUAAAGUCCCACCAAGAUUAUGAAAAAGGAGUGAAGGGAAUCUCAGACAAUUUAGGGGUCCAUAUUUGGAGGUAGGACCCACCCCCAGUUGUUAGGCUAGAUUAUAAAACCCACUUUUGCCAGUCCUUUUCUUUAUAAAGUCUUUCCACCUGUGGAAAAAAGUAAGGGUUGAACUUUAAACAAGCCAUCUCUGAAACACCAUGGACAACAUCUACAAGGCAGCGGUUGAACAACUUACAGAGGAGCAAAAAAAUGAGUUCAAGGCUGCCUUUGACAUAUUUGUGCAAGAUGCUGAAGAUGGCUGCAUUAGCACAAAGGAGCUUGGUAAAGUGAUGAGGAUGCUGGGUCAGAACCCCACACCAGAGGAACUCCAAGAGAUUAUUGACGAGGUGGAUGAGGAUGGAAGUGGCACAGUGGACUUUGAUGAGUUCCUGGUUAUGAUGGUGAGGUGCAUGAAGGACGACAGCAAAAACAGGUCUGAAGAGGAGCUUGCAGACAUUUUCAGAAUGUUUGACAAAAAUGCAGAUGGAUAUAUUGACUUGGAGGAGUUGAAGAUGAUGCUGGAAGCCACUGGGGAGGCCGUCACAGAGGACGACAUAGCAGAAUUGAUGAAAGAUGGAGACAGGAACAAUGAUGGGAAAAUUGAUUAUGAUGAAUUCCUGGAAUUCAUGAAAGGAGUGGAGUAAACCCAGUAGAUCAAGACUGUGUAAAUUGAAUUGCUUUGAGUAUUUGAUUACGUCUCACAACAGCAAUGACUGUAAUGCAAAUUCCAUGUUCACCCAAACAAGCAAAUGGUAAUGUGCUCUGGUUUGUAAUGUUGUAUGCUAGAAUAUAUUUUCUGUUUUAGAUGCAGCCUUGUCCCAGCCUCACAUGCAUGGGGAAAUACUGAAGUUGCCAGAUGUCUUUGCAAACCAUCAGAUGCGUGUUGUACAAGUUAAGGCAAUAGACAUUUUAGCUUUUAGUAUAGCAACACACAUCACUAGACUUAAUUUCACCGCAAGACCAUACCAAUGUCAAUGUUAUGGAACACAAUAAAAUACUGAAAUGUUUCACAA